AAACGCCGCAACGGCGUACCGAUCAUCAGUCAUACAGACGUUCUCUCUGCCCACGGUAGUUGGUUUAACACUGCAGCAAAAGCCAAGGCUUAUCCGUUCCGUUUACAAAAACACGCACAUACACAUACACACAGUUUAGCAACAUGUUCCGAGUGUUCGUUAUUGCUGCCCUGGCCGCCGUUGCCGUCGCCCAGAACCCGGACGCCGAAGCACAGAUUCUGAGCUCGGACAGUUCCGUCAACCCGGACGGUUCGUACGCCUGGAACUACGAGACGAGCAACGGUAUCCGCGCUCAGGAGGAAGGAGUCGGUGGCCAGUCGGCCCAGGGAUCGGCCUCGUGGACCGACCGUGACGGUACGCCCAUCCAGCUGACGUACGUUGCCGACGAGAAUGGAUUCCAGCCGCAGGGUGCUCAUCUGCCCCGCGAAGGACCGGUCCCGGCCCACGUUCUGAAGACGCUCGAGUUCAUCCGUGCCAACCCGCCGAAGGAUGACCCGAACUUCAACAUCCAGGCGCUGGAAGCUGAAAUCGCCAGACUGCAGGCCCUCCAGUAAGGCGUGAGGGGCAACGAUCUGUGCCGCACCAUUCUUCACAGUCAGUCAGUUGAGAAUUCGGAGAGCGGAGGAUAAGGACGAGAGGGGGAGAGCGAGCGAAUAGGGAAAGGAAGUGCAAAGGAACCGGCACCGAUGAGUGGCGGAGUUAGCAAUAGAACGAGAUUUUGUGAGGGGCGUUUUCGCUGUGACCUGUGCACAUACUCAUGCAGCUAGAGCAACUAUCCACGCACUAGCGCAAAGAACACACACACGAACAGCUUUCCGGGCGUGCCGAUAGCCGAGGAAAGCGCGUUCUGUCUAAGGGGAAAAGCGAAAACGAAGGAGAGAAUGGAGCACACGUACGAAAACACACACAGAAACACGAAGACACACUUACACGAACACACACACUUACACCUUGAAGCAGCAAAUGAAAGGGAAACGGAAGGCAAAGCCACUACAAAAACCAACCCCAUCAGACGUAAUGGAGGGAACGACGCAUGCCGCAUCCCUUUGAAGAUUUUGUUUUUUUUUUUAUAAUUCUCUUACACCACUACCUACUGCGAAGCUGUAAUACUUUUGUACAUAAUUUUGACUAGUUCAUUUACAAACGUCUGUAAAAAAACGAA